AUGGCACGCAUCGCCCCGGUGAGCUACGUAUGCUCUUGGGUGCAGUGUGCACCCAUUCUUUGUUCUCUCCCUGCAUGUGGCGAGGUGUUUCGGCAGAGCUUCGCUUCAGGGGAGCCAGAGCAGAUCGACCGGGCUUUGCAGACGGCGCUAGAGGGUCUCCCACCUGACCUCAUCUCUCUCCUCCCCUCUUGGCCCUCUUGCGCUUCUGCCUCUCCCGAUUCCCUUUUUGCAGGAGCGAGCCGCCUUCUGGAGGCGCACGCUUUGGAGGCCGUGCGUGCCCGUCACACCUCUCCCUUGCACCUUGCCCGUUUGACUUCCCUUCAGGGCGGAGGUGCAGGAGCGUGGUUGCAGUCGGUGCCGUAUGCCGAUCCACUGCGCCUCUCAGAGGCGCUGUGGCAGGUGGCUUCAUCAUCUCGUCUUGGUCUCCCUAUCCCCCAGUUAGCCCUUACAGGUCAGUGCUCCUGUGGACAGGCGAUCGACGACAUGACGGUGCCUCAUCACGCGGUCCGGUGCCCACGUUUCGGCGUCGCCACGACCAUCCACGACACGGUGAAGUUCAUGCUCCGAGACUUCGCGGUCGAGGCGGGUUUCGCGGUGAAGGUGGAGGACUCUACGCUGUUCACACAGUUAGAGGAGGCUCGAGCGAGGCUGCAGGGACUGCCGGUGGUGGGAGAGGGGACACGGGCUGGGGGACUGCGGGAGUAG